AUGGCAUAUUUGUCAUCAGAAAACUUAUUAGAUUAUAUAGAGAUAUUAGAAAAUGACGAUAGAGACAUUCUCAUGUCAUUUCUUGAUGAACCCCAAAUGGAAUAUUGCGAUGAUGAGAAAUUAAAAAGUUUAAUCCAAUGUUUAGAAGCAGAUAUUGAAUAUCCCAAUAUUACGUGUAGUCAUAAUAGUACUUAUCCAAAUUUAGAUGGUUAUGAAGGGGAUUAUAUAUUUGUUGAUGAUAAUUCGAGUUCGAAAUUCUACAAUUAUGAAGAUAACGUGUACACUAGAUUCGCAUCUGAAGACGGUGAAGAUAGCUCAGAAGAACUAGUUGAUGUGGAUGAUUUUAGUUGGAUGGAUAUGGAGAUGUCAUUUUCAACUAGUCCUAGUAAUAACAAUAUGAUUGAAUUUCAGAAUUUUAUAACAUGCAUUCCAAUUGAGGAGGAAGUAUAUGAUUCUUUAUGGCUACAAACUGACUUGUCAAUGGUAGAUAAUUAUUAG